AUGUCGGGCCACGUAAUCCCAAUGCUGCUCAUCUUGGCCCUGCACCAUCUUCUCAUCUCACCCGUCGUCGCGUACACGGCCUUAUCGGAUCAUUUUCUCCAGCUAGUUCCAUCGGGAGGCGCAGACUUCGAUAUUGACAAUGGAAAGCUGCUAGCGCCUAUCCUAAUACCGCGCGUCGCCGGCACCCCCGGUCAGACGGCCGCUCAACAGCAUUUCGUGAACUUCUUCGCAAAAGAACUGCCGAAAUGGAAUAUCGAGUGGUUUAACUCAACAUCUACAACUCCCGUCACCGGCGACAAACAAGUGCCGUUUGCCAACUUGUUGUUUAAGAGGGAACCGCCAUGGGUCCAGCAAGGACAAUCCAACUUAUUAACACUAGUAGCUCAUUAUGACAGCAAGAUAUAUCCUGAGGGAUUCAUCGGCGCUACUGACAGCGCCGUGCCUUGUGCUAUCUUGAUGCAUGUUGCGAGAACCCUGGACAAGUUUCUUACACAGAUGCAUGAUGAAAUGGCUGCACUUGGUGAAGGCGGGACUGUCCCUAUGGAUAUGGGCGUGCAGAUUCUCCUGCUCGACGGUGAAGAGGCAUUUAAGCAAUGGACAGAUACGGAUUCCCUAUACGGGGCGAGAGCACUGGCGGAGACCUGGGAGAAUUCGGUUCAUCCUGCAAUGUCAUUCUAUCGCAACCCAUUGGAUCAAAUAAGCAUGUUCGUAUUGCUGGACCUUCUUGGUUCCGCUAACCCGACGGUGCCAUCAUUCUUCCAAACGACUCACUGGGCAUAUAAAGCUAUGGCCACUAUCGAAGGUAGAAUGCGCAAGUUAGGACUUCUAGAAUCGGUCCCGCAGCGCCCCUUUCUGCCGGACUUGGAAAAGGAGACGACCACAUUUUAUCGCGGCUUCAUCGAAGAUGACCACAAACCUUUUAUGGCCCGUGGAGUCCCGGUUUUACACGUUAUCGCCUCUCCGUUCCCAAAGGUAUGGCACACGAUGGACGACGAUGGCGCACACCUGGAUAUGCCGACUGUGCGCGACUGGGCCAAGAUCGUUACAGCUUUUGCGCUUGAGUGGUUGGAUAUGAUGGAGGUUGAACCAAAAGAGGAUGGCGAGGCACCAGUUACAAGCUGA